GUGUCAUUUGUAUAAUUAAUAGUGUGAAUUUGACGAAUGUAAGACAUUCAUACAAAUGUCGAAAGCCAAAGGGAAAGGAAAAAGUAAAGGAAGUAGUGGAACAGGCGCAUCAUCCCUCGCUGAUACAUUUGUUCCAUUAAUUCCACCGGACACUGGGUCUGACCAGUCAUACUUGCCCUUUCCAGAAUGGACAGAUCAGAGUCUUAAUGCUGAGAAAUGGGACAAACCCAAAGGCAAAGCUCCAACUGCCGACCAAAGCGACCUAUUUGUUGAUCCUCAACCAGUGUAUGUUCCUUAUUCAAUAAGUAUUUGCGGUUGGAAACGCCUAGGCCAAGUAUUCCCUGAUGCGAAGUUGAUAAUGUUUGCCGACAAACCCGAGUACCCUGACCUUAUCAGCGCCAGUAAACAUCUUCUGCACAGCGAUUUCGUAAGAUCGUUCAUUGCUGCAAUGACGACGCUGGAGUAUCUCGGAAACACAAACCCAUUUCCGAUAGAGUACACAACCGCUACUUUCACUCCAACAACUCAAGACCUUCCGUGGCGACCCUGGCAUCACAUCUACUCAAUGUGUAAAGCAGGGAAGGGCCAGAAACAUAAUCCGCAAGUUAACCAAUUGGGUUUGUCAUCUUCGCUGACAAAUGUCGACAAAGGAAGACAUCUGUUCAGACUUUGGCUGAGAAGCGAUACUUCGUUUGUCCUGAACAUAUUGUCCGAACUGACAGCAGUCAUCGGGAACUGGGAGCGGAUAUUGCAUUUCAUGCAGGGAGAAUCAGAGCGUUUCACCAAACUCUUUCACGACGUUUCGAGUGCUUACGGUCAACUGGUACAAAAAUUCGGAACGAUCGAAUACGCCAACGGUUUAAGAACUUUUUAUACUUCAUACAAAUCGGACCAACCAUUGUCAAAAAUCAACAGUGCAAAAGUACACGACAAAAUUAUAGAACAAAUUCUAAAGGCACUGAAAGAUAUUUACAGCAUUCAAGAAUAUAAAAAAGCAAUAUUUGCUUUCAAGGUUUUGUUCAUUAAUCCUUACAUUAUUCCAAGGAACGCAGUCUUUGACGAACCAGUUCCGCUAUGUGACAAAGGCGGAUCUACGAUUUCUUUUGUGUUUGCUAUGAGCAAGAAAGUGGAAAAUGCCGCAGUAAUAAUCCAAGCAUUUUUCAAACGCAUCUUCGUUAAUAAACUCAAGGCAUAUCACAACCAGAACCACAAAAACUACAUGGCUACAUUUCUCCUUCUUAAGAAAAUAUACACCGAUUUAUUUAGCGUGUCAAAAAGGAGUUUACUUUGCGCUUCAAUAUUGAGGAAUGUUUUUUUUGAGGACGUAAAGAACGAGUGGAGUCCAUUUUACAGUUUGUUUAACGAUUUACUUUCUGUGGUGCACUUGCAGUGUAUCAGCGGCCUUUCAGAAUUUAAGGGAAAUGCUGCGGAUUGGGUUUACAUGACACGAGUUACCUUCCACUGUAACUCUCCUGAACCAAUCCUUGUUAAGAUACAGUUGUUUUGCAUGUUGCCGCAUUUUAUGGUAAGAGUGUUUGAUAACGAUACCGAUAGGGAAAUGUAUCGUUUCACGAACAAUGUUAAUGUUCAAAAUUACAAUAUUAACGAAAAUGGAUAUUCAGUGUUGUGCUACGGAUGGUCAGAAACUAACGAUCCUGUUCAAUGGAAGCUUUGCUUUGCCACCAUUAAGAAAAAGGACAAAAGUCUAAUUAUUUUGAGCGAACUUAAACCAGAACUUAACUUCCUGUGUGGAGUUUACAUACCGAACUAUGCAAACAGACUGUUCCGUUGUAAAAUCGUAACUUUAAAGACCACAUUGUUUUCCUGCCGGCUUUCUGUAUCUUGCUCCACGGCCAAAAUCACAUUGAAGUUGCUAGAUGAAAACGAUAGAGUUAUGGGAACAAUAGAGGAUUAUGGGUGCGCAAUUUUUCCAGUGAAAAAUCUUGUGUUUGUUCCACAAACGUCGGUUACGGCAAUAGAGAAUUCGUCACCCUCUGUGAUCGCUAUGAAGAAAGGUAGCAAAGUUGCUUCGUCGAAAUCGAUCACUUUUUUGUAUUCAAAAAAGGAAAAUCGAAGAAGUUCAGAAGAAAUUGCUACAUCAACCUCUGCUAUUUCCUAUACUACGUACUUUGUGGAAGGGUAUGUCAUAGAAGAUUCGUGGGAGCUACUGCCAGAAGAAUGGGAAGUUGCUGAUGAAGCUAAGAUGAAGAGAUAUUUACACACUGAUGAGCCCGAAGAAGUUGUUUCAAGCACAGCCGUUGCAAGAAAGUCGUCUAAGAGACAAAGUCAGUUACUUGUCGAAAAAAGAAGCAGCUUUUGCAGCACCCGGCCUUUUUGGUUGCUACAUUUCAUAGCCGAAGAGCCUGAAAAUAUUGUAGUGGCUGAAGAUAGAACUCGCGAUCUUGAGAUAGCAAAUUCUAAGAAGGCAUGGCUUCUUGACGAUCCUGAAAGAGCACAACGCGGAAUAAUGUUAAGGUUGAAUUAUUUGAUAUCUCUUCAAAAGCAGGAGUUUGAAGAAUCGGAAGGUUGGGAAGGGGAAUACUUAACUCUCGAAUUAGUUAAACGCAAACGUUUUCCACCUGUUAAAGAAACUGCAAGUGAGAUAUAUAAAGAUUAUCUACUUCCCGAAUAUGAAGAUGAAGACGGAGAUGAUCUCCCAUAUUCGGAGAGAAGCAGAGAAGUAAUGACUGAAGAGAAUAUACAAGAAUUCCUUUUAAAUCACCAAUUAAAAACUGAAGAAUACCAGGAGAUGCUGUUCAAUAGCCAAAGUAACCUUUCGUAUUUAAUAGCAGAGUUGAAGAAUAGAAGAGAGUUUAUGAAGCUUUGGUUAGAAGAGGUCAGAAAUGAGUCAAUGGAGUUACUGAAGGAUGCGCUGGCAAUUCGACAAAGAUACAUCGACUGGCUAAUCAAAGAGGAAGAAAGCAAGGUUCCACCUCCAAAAUCAGGCGGUAAAGAAAAGGACAAGAAGAAAGAUAAGAAAGGGAAGAAGAAGUGAUUAUUUUGUUUGGAAAAUUAAUCACUAAUAUUUUUUAAUUGGUUGUAACCAUUAUCU